AUGGGCCCGAAAACCCUCCCUGAGUUUUGUGUAAACAAUACUGGCGAUCCGAUGACCAGGGAUUUUAUCUCUGGGGUGACCAUUCUACUUGCGUUGUUUGGAAAAGAUGCGACAAACGUAUUUCUGUCGCAGUCCGUGAGCGUCCUGGACUGGGUGCUGUUUGCUAUAGCGCCCAUGGGAGUCCCAUUCGCAGUCUUAGCCGUGAUACGUACGUCACAGAUGCACUUUCUGAAGAGCCUGGCUGGACUCGCCGAAGAUAAGCCCGCCCAUGUAGAGAGAGACCUCAUGUCCUCCACCUCCAGUGAGGUCUCCGAAAUAUGGGACGGCAAAAAGGUCGUCAGGGUCAUUGCUCCUUCCCGGGUUUCGGAACUCUUUUUCACCGGAUUUGAUGCUAGUCAGCUUUCAUAUGGGUUCUUUACGGCACAUGAUGCUAAGUUCGGUGCUCGAAUCUUGGAGAGGAAACACCAGUGGUCAACCGACUGGGAUUGGGAAUUCCAGCUCUGGGAACAGAACCUUGACCAGCAGCAAAGACUUGCGGCGGCUGAACGGUGUUACCCACCUAAUCUUAUGCUCAACUUGGGCCCUUAUCGACGGCUCCCCUGGCUAUGGGCUUUCACCAUCUUGGGUCUCGUACUGCAAGCUGCCGUCAUCGUCAUGAUUGCUCUUGCAACCUUCUACCCCCCGAUGAGAGAGUGUUUCCAAACCCCUCCUUGGUCACUGUAUGUCUUCACAAUUGGCACAGCUAUUCUUGUCUUUGGCCUGGUAGUAUGCGCUUCGGCUAUCGACAAGGCCUCUCGGGAUGUACUGUGGAAGCCAACACGCCCGAAUAUGCUUGUCAUCUGGCUUCAAGAAGGCACCGAAGAAGAUCCGACGGAGUCCUACGUGAUUACCAAACGCAUCUGCACAGAAGUUGUUUCGUCGCACCGCCCGCGCGGGAUGACUCCCCAUGUGCCAUUUUCCCCCCUGAUCAUCCUCUCCAUCGCCGUGGGAUACCUCCUGCAAGCGAUCUCCCUCCCGAAGCUGCACUGGCCUCCACAGGCACUGCAAUUUCUAACUACAAUGGUCAUGUUUUUCUGUCGGAGCGUUCUGCGCCGCCAGGACCAGCCUGAUUGCACGAAAAAGAUCAAUACAGGCUCGUGCAAGGAUUGGGUCGCCAAGAUGUGUCUCCUCGACCCUCAGCGGCUCUAUGGGCCUGCCAUGCUUGGUGGUGAUCCAGACUUGACCUGGAAGCUGUCCUCAUUCGAAGUUAGCGGGAGUGACAGUGCUAAUUUUCGCGGCUGUCGGUGCGCCCAGGAUUUGUUGGGAAUCCGGCAGUUUCUGGCUUGCACGUCUCGGGACAAUGGUCUGCAUACUGAGUUGGCCCGCUCUCUUGCGCAAGCAAUCAGUGAAGUGUCGCAGAGUCCGGCAAUUGACAUGAGCGCUAUUGCAGGCGAUGGAAUCGACCGCUGGGCUUGGGACCUGGAAGUUCAGGUAGACAACCAGGCACCUGAGCCUCUGGAACUCACGCUUGUAAAAGGUAAAGCCUGGGAGGCAACUGCACAAGAGCUGGAUGCUCUGGUCUCAUUACUGCUGUCCGGCAUUAAUCUGAAAGAUGCAAAAGUUCCCAAGCUCAGUACAUUGAUUAUCGGCCACAGCUCAGUGGAUAUCGAAAUGUACUUGAGACGCAGGCAAUCGUACAGCAACGUUGGGCUAUACCAGAUUCCGCCGCAGGAUCCCUCAGAAGGCCUCAGCAUCACGAUUGACAAAGACGUGCUUCUCGGGAUCAACAAUAUCACUGAAGAUAUAAGAGAAGAAGAGAACCAGGACGAGGUUACCUUCAAGAUUAGCAGAGUCAGUGACCAAGAUCAACUUGAAAGCCGGUCUGGUGCGAAACUAGUACGAAUUGCAAGGGUUCCAGUGGGCCAGCUCUAUGCUCAGCAUGUCUUUAUUUGUUUUAUGUGGGCCGUCGGCAAAGCGCUUGCGGCAAAGGGAGUCAGUCUACGGUCAGAUUCUGCCAUUGAAUCCCUGCUUCGCAAAGUGGAAUUCACGGGGCUCGGUGACUGUGAUUUUGCGCGACUGGCCGUGGCAGUGCCUCUUUCUUGGUAUAGACUACUGCCAACCCCGGCGUAG